AAGUUAUUCCACUAAAAAUCUCUAUCUCUCUCUCCGGCCAUCCCUCCCACAACCACCACCACCGCCGCCGCCGGAACCGGAUCCGAAGCGAUCCGAAGCAUCCUUAUCCAGGCGCGCGACCAUGCCAGUCUCGACGGCGACGUACUGGUGCUACAGCUGCGUCCGCUUCGUCACCGCCCUGCCCCGCGUCGGCGACGGCGACGGCUCCGUCUCCUGCCCCUUCUGCGACGGCGGGUUCAUCGAGGAGAUGGAGGCCGGGGCGGCGCUGCCGAUCCGACACCCGGCGGUCCACCCCCGCCGCCGGUUGGACGCUCUGUCCGAAGACGACCCCCACCCGGAUCCCGACGUCAGCGUCCGGCCUCGCCGGAGGAGGGCCAACGGCGGCGGCGGCGGCGGCGGCGACCGGUCGCCGUUCAACCCCGUCAUCGUCCUGCGUGGGACCGCCAGCCCCGACGCCGAGACCAGCGCCUUCGAGCUCUACUACGACGACGGGGCCGGAUCGGGCCUCCGGCCGCUGCCGGCGACGAUGUCGGAGUUCCUGAUGGGGUCGGGGUUCGAUCGGCUGCUCGAGCAACUCUCGCAGCUGGAGCUGGCCGGGAUCGGGCUCGGUCGGUCCGAGAACCCACCCGCGUCCAAGGCCGCGGUGGAGUCGAUGCCGACGGUCGAGAUCGGCCGCGGGCAGGUGGCCGCCGAGCUACACUGCGCCGUCUGCAAGGAGGCGUUCGAGCUCGGGGUGGAGGCGCGGGAGAUGCCGUGCAAGCACGUGUACCACUCCGACUGCAUCUUGCCGUGGCUGGCGGUCCGGAACUCGUGCCCCGUGUGCCGCCACGAGCUGCCGGCGGCGCCGGAGGAUGCGGCGGCCGCGGACCAGGAGGCGGUGGGGAUGACAAUAUGGAGGCUGCCGGGAGGGGGAUUCGCGGUGGGGAGCUUCAGGAGGGGCGGCGGAGCCGAUAGGGAUAGGGAAUUGGAGCUGCCCGCGGUCUUCACGGAAAUGGACGGCGGGUUCGAGAACGGAACUCCGAGGAAUAUGUACUGGGGGCUGAGGAGGAGCAGGAGCAGGGAAAGAAGCGGGUUCCGUAGGCUAGUGAGGAACAUCAUGAAUCUGUUCGGUCGAUCGAGGUCGAACAGUGACAAUUACCCGGAACGCGAUUCCGGGUUUAUGAGGAGGACUCGGAGCGUUUCAAGCUCGAGCUCGAGCUCGGGGAUCGGGAGGUUCGACAGCAGGCGGAGCACAAGAGCUUUUUUCAUGGAGGGGAUUUGAACUAGAAUUAGAGUUAGAAUCUGAGGCCGGAAUGAACUCCUUCCUUUCUUUCUUCCCUUCUUUCUUUUUCCUUUAUGGGUUCUAAAUCGUGCUGAGUGGGGAGAUAUUUAAUUUAUUUGUAGAUGGAGCCGAUUCAAAUUUGUAACUGUAUAUAUAUGGGAAUAGAAUGAGAUGCAAAUCUCUUUUUGGGGGAAGAGAUCUUGGGACGCAGAUGGCAGUGUUCUUCGUCGCCCCGCUGUCGGUGGCCACGAAUCAUGAGGAGGGUAAAAAUGAUGUUAUCUUGAAGAUUUUACUCGGAUCGGUGUUAUUGAUUCUGUUCCCCA